AUGAGAGAAACUAAAGCGAGAAGAUGGAUCCAAAAUGCAGUUUUCGAUUUCAAUAACAUUGUUGCAGCUACAGACAAUUUCAGCAUGGCAAAUAAAUUGGGGCAAGGAGGUUUUGGUCCAGUCUAUAAGGGCAAGCUAAAAGAUGGUAAGGAGGUUGCUGUCAAAAGGCUUUUCAGCAGUUCGGGCCAAGGGAUCGAGGAGUUCAAGAAUGAGAUUGUUCUUAUAUCAAAGCUCCGCCAUAGAAAUCUCAUUCGGGUCAUUGGGUGCUGCAUUGAACUAGAAGAGAAAAUUCUGGUAUAUGUAUGCUUGCCUAACAAAAGCUUGGAUACAUUUAUUUUUGAUAUGAAAAGGAAAGCUGAACUUGACUGGUCUAAGCAGUUCUGUAUCAUUGGGGUGGUAGCUAGAGGGCUUCUCUAUCUCCACAGAGAUUCUUGCCUUCGGAUCAUCCUUCGAGACUUGAAAGCCAGCAACAUUCUCCUCGACAAAAAGUUUAAGCCGAAGAUUUCUGAUUUUGGCCUCCCAAGGUUGUUUCUGAUAGGGAGAAAAGUUUCAGCUAGGUUUCUUCAGCCUGGAAACUCCAGCAACAGAUUCCUCGCAAUAAGCUACCACAAGAUCCUGGAUAAGACCAUUGUUUGGGUGGCAAAUCGAGAUAAUCCUGCGAAUGAUACGUCAGGGGUUCUGAGGAUAGGUAAUGAAGGGAAACUAGUCCUCGUCGACCGAGCAGAAAGAGUCUUGUGGUUGUCAAAUAACAUGAAUACUUCUUCGCAAAGCAUAGUUGCUCAGCUCCUGGAUUCUGGAAAGUUUUGA